UCGAUUUUAAACCGUGUCGCGGCUCGUCGAUCAGAGACCGAAAUCUUCAUUGAAGGAAAAUACGCACUACAUAUGCAUUUACUUUCUUAUGAUUUCUAAUGUUAUACCUUGAAAAGGUUAUUCAUAGCCUGGCCGAGUUUGGGUUACGAUAGUGAACCUUACCUAGGUCAAAAGGUCGAAACAUUUUAGUGGCGAAUUUUGUGAAUUGGAUUAGCAUUUUUCUAACCUGGAUCAUUAGUUCUGUCACAAAAUCCAUUGAAGCUUAUCCCCAAAGAUGAGCUCCCAUCAUCACUUGAGUCCUUCGUCAGGUGAAAUAGAACAUAUACAUUCCUUAUCCGAGGAUAUCGGUGCAUUGUAUUUAUCUGAUGAUUAUUCUGAUGUAACUUUAAUUGUGGCUGGUCAGCGAUUUAAUGGUCACAAAGUUAUAUUGGCAGCAAGGAGUCAGUACUUCAGAGCACUUUUGUACGGAGGUCUGAAAGAAUCAAAUCAACAGGAAAUUGAACUCAAAGGAACCAAUUUACCAGCGUUCAAAGAAUUGCUCAAAUAUGUUUACACCGGCCACAUGUCUUUGGCAAAUCAACGUGAAGAGGUGAUUCUGGAUAUACUGGGGUUGGCUCAUCAGUAUGGAUUUUUAGAUAUGGAAACAGCAGUCUCUGAUCAUCUGAGAGAAAUUCUCAACAUUAAAAAUGUUUGCCUUAUAUUUGAUGCUGCUCGACUGUAUCAGCUUGAAUUCUUGACUAAAGUUUGUCACGAGUACAUGGAUGAACAUGCUCUCGAAGUUAUACAGCACGAUAGUUUUUUACAAUUGAGUCCGAGUGCGCUGAAUGAACUAAUUGCUCGAGAUUCAUUUUACGCACCAGAAGUGGAUAUAUUCUUAGCAGUGCAUGCCUGGGUGAAAGCAAAUCCUGAAGUAGAAGCCAAGGACGUUGUAGGCCAGGUGAGGCUAGGAUUGGUUGAUAUAAGAGAUUUAUUGAAUGUAGUUCGACCUACUGGUUUGGUCUCAUCGGAGGCUAUUCUGGAUGCAAUUACAGUGAGAACAUUAACAAAAGACUCGCAAUUAAAUUAUCGUGGUCGUCUGUUGCUCGAUGAAAACGUAGCCCAUCCCAGACUUGGUGCCCAAGUUUUGCAAGGUGAAAUGCGCAGUUCUUUACUCGAUGGCGAUACACACACAUAUGAUAUGGAAAGAGGGUACACUCGUCACGCUAUAACCGAUGCUCAAGGACAUGGAAUUUUAAUCAAGUUGGGCACACAGUGUAUUAUAAAUCACGUAAAAAUGUUAUUGUGGGAUCGAGACCUUCGAUCGUACUCUUAUUAUGUUGAAGUAUCAGUGGACCAAAAGGAUUGGGUCAGAGUGAUAGAUCACACGGAAUAUUUUUGUCGGAGCUGGCAGUAUUUACACUUUGAAGCCAGAGUUGUCUCGUACAUUCGUAUAGUUGGUACUAACAACACUGUAAACAAGGUGUUUCAUGUGGUGAGCUUCGAAGCUUAUUUCACACACCAGCCAGUCAAGUUGUGCAAAGGCUUUGUGGUGCCAUCAGGAAAUGUUGCUACUUUGGAAAAAAGUGCCAGCGUAAUGGAGGGUGUCAGCAGGUCUCGUAAUGCUCUACUUAACGGAGAUACGUCAAAUUAUGAUUGGGACAGUGGAUACACGUGUCAUCAACUUGGUUCUGGGGCUAUUUUAGUACAACUUGGACAGCCAUACAUGAUCGACUCUAUGCGAUUGCUGCUCUGGGACUGCGAUAAACGUUCGUAUUCUUACUACAUUGAGAUCUCAGGUGAUUCGCGGGACUGGGAACUCGUUGCAGACAAAAGAAAGGAGGCUUGUAGAUCGUGGCAAACAUUCCGCAUCCAACCGCCAAGACCAGUCGUUUUUAUUCGCAUUGUCGGAACGCACAAUACAGCUAAUGAAGUAUUUCACUGCGUACAUUUUGAAUGUCCCGUACAAACAGAUGACGAUAAAAGUAUCAAGUCCCCUUCUAGACGGGGUAAGAAGUCAUUGCCAAAUCUUCUUGUUCCAGCAGUGGCACCGCCAACAGAAACUGCGACUGAAGCUGUGAAUAUCGAUAAUGAAGAUGCAGCAGCAGUUGUAUAUGAAUAUAAUCUUGACUAGUCCAACGAUCUGUCAUUUCUUAAGACUGCUGAUUAAUACUUAUAUCUCCACGAGAUAUCUGGCAAUCAUUCGUUGAGUGAUUUUUGUCAAAAUUGUUUCGUUAUCUCAUAAUUGUAAUUUAAUAUUUCCAAUUUCCGAUCGAUCUAAUAAUUAGAUGUUGGAAAACUUUUCGAUGCACAUAUGUCGGUUUGCUCGAGGACUCCUAUAUUGAGAAAAAAAACAUCUAUAUAAGUUUUCUCAUUCCAUCGUGCUAAAAGAACACUGAAUAACAUAUUACAACUCUAUUUAUUUUCUUUUGUAUAAAUGUUGACUAGAGCUGUACUUUGUUUAAUGUUCUUCCGCAUCUAAAACUUUAUGGUGCAAUGAAAGUUUGAUAUUAUAUGUCAAUAGAAAUAUAGUUGCUGGUACAUUCUAUAUAUGUAUAAAGCCACAUCUUGUUACAUAAACGAGGGCGAAAAACACCAUACGUGGCUGCUUUAUAAUCCGUUACAGAUGAAAUUGUUUUUCUUUUCGUCUCGUAAAUAAUUACGCACCAAAAUCACGCAUACACAUCUUACCUCCACAGCGUUGUGCUCUCUAAUUUGAAAUAUUCAGAGUUAUAAAUAAAAAUUAUGGGUAUUGUUAUAUUGUAUAGUUGACAUAUUUUGUUAAGUUAUUCAGACCGUGAUUUCGUAUUCUUUGCUUUAAACAGAUUUUUAUCAUACCAUAGGCCGUUAAUAACAUUGCGAGUUAUGAGUUCCAUCUUUUUUUUUAGAUGAAGGUUUGGUGACUUUACUUUUCUAGUCUUUUUUUAAUUGAGAUUGAUGAUACGAUAAAUAUAGAAAUUGGGAGAUGCGGUGUAGAAUUUAUUGUUGAAUAAAUCAUUUCAUAAAUAUA